AUGAUCUGCAGCUUUUCCUACAAUGCGAUAGGGCAGACGGUCUCUCCCUUGUUUGACCUCACUUCUGGUGCUUCUCGUGCCUCUGCUGCUGAUGCUGACGCCACUGUUCGCUCACAAUGGGCCACGCGCGAUGCUGCUGCCCGCCUUGCUGUGCGCCGCCACUUACCAACCGCUGAACACGCGCAUUUUAGCCAGUACAAGAGUGCUAAGACCUUGUACGAUGCUGUAGUUGCACGCUACUCUUCCCCUGCCACUGCUGCUCUUAGCCGCCUCAUCCUGCCGUACCUCUUCCCUGACCUCGCCGCUUUUCCUACAGUCGUUGACCUCGUUAUGCACCUUCGCACUAGUGACAUUCGCUACCGUGCUGCGCUUCCUGCUGAGUUUUGCGCCAAGAACUCCCCCCACCUAUACCACUUCCUCUCUGUUUGCCCCACCACACUCACCGUUGACAUCCUCGAGGAGCGCCUCCUAGCAGCAGAGAAGAGUAUAGUCGCUGUAGGAGCCUCUCGUGGUGACCCUCGUACCCCUGUCUUUGAGGGGUGCUCCCCCUUACCCCUCUUGCCCUCUGUUGCCUGUGCUGCUGCGGCCGACCUUGUUGGUCUUGAGUCGGUCGGCGCGGCGUCUACCCCUAGCGGGAGACGCCGCCCAGGCAAGGGCAAGGGGGGCAAGGGCGCUAGAGGAGCUGGCGGGGGCGGUGGAGGCAGCGGUGGAGGCGGCAGAGGGAGUGGGGGUGCAGUGGGAGUGGUGGCGGGGGUGGGGGCGCUGGUGGCGGAAGUGGCGGUGGAGGAGGCGGCGGUGGUGGCGGUGAAGGCGGAGGUGGCGGUGCAGGCGGAGGUGGCGGAGGUGGAGGCGGUGGUGGAGGUAGCGGCGGCGGAGGUGGAGCUGGUCGGGGCGGCUCUACACAGAGGGUCGGCUCCUGUGGUGGUCAGCGCCAGCAGCAACGCAUUCGUGAGACCCCUUCCCCCCAGCAGCUUCGUGAGUGGUACGCUGCUCGUCAGCGGGGUGGGGGUGCUGGCCCCUGUACCUACGUUCUACGCACCGGCGACUCCACCCAGUGUAAGCAGUGUGGGGGUCCGCACUCCACCCAGCGCUGCUUUGGCCGCCUGA